AUGGUAAUAUUAUUCUUGAUUUGUUCUCACUCAGAUAUUCUAUGCCCGCUCCUGACAAAUCCCCAAGAUGGCAGUGUUUUUACUGAUUACCAACUCGUUGAAGAUGCUUUUGAGAAUACUUUUGUGAGUGCUGAGCUGACUUGCCCUCAGGAACAAUUUCUUUUUUAUCGAAUCGCCCAACAUGAGGUUAAGAUUGGUGUAAACAAGAUUCGCCAUCAGAAAGGACUACUCUUAUCGGCAGCUCGAUUGGAUGACAAAGCUGCUAAAACAUUGGAUCCGUUUGCUCGUGAUGCCGAUGUUGAUAUAGAGGAUAUUGAAGGGCUUAAAAAUGCUGAGAACGGAGGCAACAAGAAGAAUCUGUAUCCUAUUGACGAUAAUUUUCAUCUAGAUAGCAGAUUCAAGGCUCUUCGUUUUGACACCGCGUUACUUUUCUCACAUCAACUGGCCACAUGGCUUGAAUGGCUCUCGCCUGUACUGGGUUCGGUUACUCAUCAGCCACCGAUUGGCCGGAUACUGCGGCUCACCUGUGAUCAUCUCUUGGAGCACCAUUCACAACCACUGACUCAACAAUUUCAGUUUUCUGGACAAAGCAAUCCUGGGCAAGCUGAAGGCAAUAGCCAUUUGAACAUCCACUCAACUAAAGAACGCCCUCCACAUUGGAGUCCGGUGGAUGGAGCUCCUACUCUCCUUGCUGGGUUGCCACCCAACUCAUGUCUCACGAGUAGAUAUUGUUAUAUAUAUUUGUGCAAGUUUAUCUGUCUGUUUCAUGUAACCUUAUCUCAUGCUUGCCAGUUCAACGUUUAUCUCUAUGGGUUUGGGAUUUCAUCAUGUUGCUUAUGUUGCUGUUUUGUAAAUUGA